UGAGCGCUGGAUGCUAAGAAUUCAAGCCUUCAAGUUCAAAGUUGUUUACCGGAAAGGUUCAGCAAACAUAGCUGAUACUUUGUCGAGACUCGGAGCGCACAUUCCAGACACUGAAUGGUCGGAUGAAUGUGAAGUGUUUAUUCGUCGUGUGACAGUUAAUGCGUUGUCUACCUUGGCAAAUUGUUGUCAGAUUUCAGAUUUCGAUCCUGAUGCAGAAAUUUAUAUUCGAACCAUACAGGAAGCUGCCGCAAUUGAUAUUGAGGAAGUAAUUCAGGCUACCGCCUCGGAUCAAGAGAUGCAAAAUUUAAGAGCGUGUAUCGAGAAUGACUCCUGGAGCCGUGAAGAUUUGAAGCAAUACAUUCCAUUUCGUAAUGAAUACACAUAUGUGAAUUCAGUUAUCCUGAGAGGAUCCAAACUCGUCAUACCCAAAGCUCUACGACCGAGAAUGCUACAGUUGGCUCACGAAGGGCACCCGGGGCAAUCAUUGAUGAAGAGGCGUCUGCGUGAAAGAUGUUGGUGGCCUGGCAUAGAUCAAGCAGCAGUACAGACAUGUGAAACCUGUGAAGGAUGCCGUUUGGUACAGCUUCCUGAUCCGCCUGAACCAAUGAUGCGACGGCAAUUACCCGAUCGACCUUGGGUCGAUAUAGCCAUAGACUUUCUUGGACCAAUGCCAUCGUCAGAAUACAUUCUGGUGGUCAUCGACUAUUACAGCAGAUACAUGGAAUUGGAAAUAAUGAGCAAAAUCACUGCUCAGGAGACAAUCAAACGAUUACAACGCGUUUUCCGUAUCUGGGGACCACCAAGAACGAUCACACUGGAUAACGCCAAGCAGUUCGUUUCUUGCGAAUUUCAAGAGUUCUGUAAAAUAAACGGCAUUCAUCUCAACCAUACCUCUCCGUACUGGCCCCAGGCAAAUGGGGAGGUCGAACGCCAGAAUAGGUCGUUAUUAAAGAGAUUGAAAAUCGCUCAUGCUCUUUAUGAUGACUGGAAAGCUGAGCUCAACAGCUAUCUAGAUCUGUACAACAACACACCGCAUUCUGUUACUGGAAGAGCCCCCAGUGAGCUUCUGCAAAACAGGAAGCUGCGCACAAAACUACCGUGUGUUGACGACCUUCAGACUAUUCCCCCCAGUAGCGACCUCAGAGAUCGAGAUUAUGAAAGGAAACUUCUUGGAAAACAGCGGGAGGAUGUGCAGCGUAGAGCGAAACCGAGUACUAUAUCGGUUGGCGACACAGUCCUCAUGAAAAAUCUCUGUCCGACGAACAAGCUUUCCACAAAUUUCUAUAAAGAGAAAUUUACUGUUGUGGAUAGGCAAGGAUCAAAUGUAACCGUUAAAUCUAGGGAAACCGGAAGAACAUAUGACCGGAACACAUCGCACUUGAAAACUAUUUCUGAUCCUGAAACUACUGAAGUCAAUGACCAUAAUGCCAUCCCGGAUAACCGUUCACCAUCAACAGUAUCUGGCGAUUUAAUAAUUGAGGGAUCAUUAGAGCCGGCUACUGGAUCUAGGGCUACUCCAGACGUAGUUGCGAAAGCUAAUGAGUUGCACAAUCCAACACUUCAACCACGUCGUUCAAAGAGGACACCAAAACCCAAGGAAGUUUACAGUCCAUGACGCUAAGUAUUCAUUCUAGAUCUGUAUCUGCUUCUAACAUCGAUACUAAUAUAGUUGUUAUCGUUAAAAUAGAAUUGAAAAGAAUAAUAAUAAUAACAAAAAUAAUAAUAUAUCUAAAAUUAAUACUUGAAAGAAAAGGGGAUGUGGUACUAUGACAC